AUGAUAAAGAGGCGGCUGUCUCCACAGGUGUUCGCAGCGGCUGCGCCGCUGCGAGCGCUGCGUCCGACAAAGCAGCGAACGCCAGCGCCUUGCAUUCGUUGCUGUGUUCCCUCUUUUUUGAAAGAUGUCUUGCCUCAGCAACACAAGGAAUAUGGAAUGGGGUUCAGGCAAACAGGCUUUGUGGCCCGAGCCCGGCAGUUUGAGUACGGCAAGCUGCAGACCUGCGGAAUGGCGACUGUCUUGAGGGCUGCAGAGGCCAAUGAAGUUCAAACAGACCCCAGAAAGGGACCACCCAACGCCCUGGAGCUUGUGAAAAAGCUGAGGGAAAGGACAGCGAGCAGCGUAAGACUUUGCAAGCAGGCGCUCCAGGCUAGCAACUGGGACGAGGAGGCGGCAGUUUUGUAUCUACGCAAGAGCGGCGUCGCGCAGGCGGCGAAGACAGCCCACCGAAAGGCUUGCGAAGGGUUGGUUUCUGUUUUCGGUUCUGUGCAAGAAAACAGCUGGAGUGCAGUCGCGCUGAACUGCGAAACGGAUUUCGUUCAAAGAACCCCCCAAUUCGUGGCUUUUUCUCGGGCUCUGGCCGAGCACUAUGCACACUUGUCAGCGCAAAGCGCAGAAACUCCGGCUCUCGAGCAGCUGCGGAGUUCAGAGGCUUCAGAAAGCCUUUCUUCCUCCGUCCGCAGCGGCGGCGGGGGCCCCGGAGGCUCUGUUGGCGAACUCUUGACGGAGCUGGCGGCGAAGUUCGGAGAGAAAGUUGAAGUGAGUGCUGCAGCGCACUUCCAGGGAAACUUGAAUUCCUGUGUCAAUGCUUAUGUCCACGGGGAAGUGGCUCCCGGCGUGGGCCGGGCUGCUGCAGUGGUUGAGCUUUGCUGGGCUGUGGAGGGUGUCCCAGCAGCAGCGCAGACUGCGACUUUGCGCGACCGCCUGUUCAAGUUUGCAAAGCUUCUGGCGAUGCAGGCUGUUGCAACUCAGCCGAAGUUUCUUUCUGCGGAUUCCAUUCCAGCUUCUGUCACUGAGAAGGAGCACACAGCCGCUGCGGAAGCCGCCGCCAAAAGUGCAAAUGAGGCCGCCACUCCAGAGGCCAAGACUGCGGUGCCUUCAAAUGUUUCGCAGCAGCUGCAGCACUGUCUGCAGGAUCACUGCUUUCUGACGCAAGAGUUUCUGAUGAUGGCUCAGGCCCGCAAGUGUGUUCUAGCCGAGAUGGCGGCAGCGCCAAAAUCCACAACUGAUGCAAAUGAUGCCCCUUUGACUGUGGCAGACGCCGUGCAACUUGUUGCGAAAAAGCUGGGCUGCAGCUUAAGCGUAGCGCGCAUGCAGCUGGUCACUGUUGGGGGUGAAUAG